UGUCUGCUUCCGAAAGCAGGAAAAAGGAAAACAAGACAUAAUUUUUUUAUUGUACGAUGUAGAAAAUACUGUAUUUUAAUCACAAUGCACGAGGCGUACGAAGCGGCUCCAAUACUGGAGAAGCUGCCUCUUCAAAUAGAAUCAAUUGCAUGUUUUGAUGACAUCUUGUUGGUGGGAACAAAGCAGGGUCACUUGUUGCAGUACAAGAUUAAACGGAGUACUCGAGUCACAGAUAAAAGAUUUGAUGUCACAUUAGAAAGAUCAAACAAAUCAUUUGCUAAGAAGCCUAUAACUCAGCUUGCUGCUGUGCCCGAACUCUUCAUAUUAAUCAGUUUGUCAGACAAUGUGAUCAGUGUUCAUGAUCUGACAACAUUUAAUCUUGUGACAUGUGUCGCAAGAACAAAAGGAGCGACUCUGUUUGCCAUAGAUGUUCAGAAAGUGAAAUCUCAGACUGGAGAUGUUCAUUCUACUCUUCGACUGGGAGUGUCGUCCAAGCGCCGGAUUCAGCUUUUCUACUGGAAGAAUCGAGACUUCCAUGAACUCCUGGACGAUCUGAGUCCCUAUGAUACACCAAGAGCCAUGGCAUGGUGUAAAGAUCCAGAGGGAAAGAAAGAUUCCAUGUGUGUUGGCUUUAAGAGAGAGUACUAUAUGAUAGAUGUGAAGGAUGGUAAUCUCACAGAACUGUUUCCUGUCGGCAACCAGCAGGCUGAGCCAAUAGUAACGAGCCUUGCUAAUGGUAGACUGGCUCUCGGUCGGGAUCAGAUGUCUAUUCUCAUUGACUCUUCUGGAGCUCCAGUGAGAAAAGAACCAAUCAAAUGGACAGAUAUUCCUGUUGCAAUUGAACACAAUCCUCCAUAUGUGAUAGCACUUUUACCAAAAUAUGUGGAAAUCAGAACAAUAGAACCUAACAUUAUGAUUCAAAGUAUUGAACUGCAAAAACCUAAGUUCAUUUGCCAAGGGAGUGGGUUCGUGUAUGUUGCAUCAGCAAACUUUGUGUGGCGUCUUGCUCUGAUGCCCAUCUCGGUCCAGAUUAGACAGCUACUUGAAGCUCAGGAGUUCAAGUUGGCUUUACAUUUAGUUGAAAUGACCGAUGAGCCUGAAUCAGAGAAAGCAAAGCGGACACGAAGUAUACAGAAUCUGUACGCCUUCCACCUGUUCUGUCAACACAAUUUCGAAGAGUCCAUGAAAAUAUUUGAUCAGUUAGGAACAGAUCCUAGUCAUGUGAUUGGCUUGUAUCCCAAUCUUCUGCCUCAAGACUUCAGAAGCCAGCUGGAAUAUCCAAAUAAACUUCCUAAUCUGGAAGGAGGAGAGUUGGAGAAGGGACUGCUCUCUCUUAUAGACUACCUCACUGAUAAAAGAAAUCAACUGAUUAAGGACAUCAAUAAGGAAAUGGAAACGACUGCUAUAGUUGAAGGAAAUGUGACGAUCCGGUCGAAGAAACAGCUCAGUCAGAUUAUCGAUACCACGUUACUCAAGUGCUAUCUACAGACGAAUGAUGCCCUGGUGGCCCCACUACUCCGACUGAAAGACAACAACUGUCAUGUGGAGGAGAGUGAGAGAGUGCUCAAGAAGAAAGAGAAAUACAUUGAACUCAUCAUCCUCUAUCAAAAGAAAGGUCUACAUCAAAAAGCUCUAAGCCUUUUAAUGAAGCAAGCUGCGAGACCUGACUCCCCUCUGAAAGGCCAUGAUCGAACAGUGCAAUAUCUACAACAUCUCGGUUCUGAGCAUCUUAAUCUCAUACUGGAAUACUCCGAGUGGGUUCUUAAAAAACACCCAGAAGAUGGACUCAACAUAUUUACAGAAGAUCUCCCUGAAGUUGAGAAUCUCCCAAGAGAUAUAGUACUGGCAUAUUUAGAAAAAAUUGGAAAAGAGUUAGAAACCAAUGGAAAAGAAUUAGCCAUUCAAUAUUUGGAACAUGUCAUCUUCCAGUGGCAUGAUACGACCCCUGAGUUCCACAACCGCUUGGUGCACCUGUACAGGGAACAGAUCCAAGGUCCAAUGGAGGAAUACUUGGAGGCUCUUCCAGAAGGUCAUCCUCCAUGCAAAGCUGGCCAGGAACCUGGUGAACUCGGCGAGUUCCGACGCAAGUUGAUUGACUUCCUGCAGGAAUCAAAGUGCUAUAUUCCAGAAAGACUGCUAGCCAGCUUUCCUCUAGAUAAAUUCUUUGUUGAACGAGCAACACUGCUGGGAAGACUGGGUCGACAUGAGCAUGCAUUAGGCAUUUAUGUUCAUAUUCUACAAGAUCCAGAGCUGGCAAAGGAUUUUUGUGAGAAAAACUUCAAUAAGGAUAAAGAAGGGAACAAAGAUGUCUACACGUACUUGCUCAAGAUGUACCUGCAGCCACCAGAACCGUCUGCGUUAGGGAUAGCUCCAGGUCAGGGUGUCAAGGCAAAGCCAAACAUGGAAGCAGCACUCAAGUUACUCGAAGAUCAUGCUUGGAAAAUAGAAACUACUAAAGCACUAGAACUGUUGCCAGCAACAACCAGAGUGCGCGAUAUCUUGGUGUAUUUGGAGAAUGUUAUGGAACACAGAGCGUCCCAGCAUCGACAGGACCAAGUCCUUAAAAGCAUGUUGUAUGCCGAGAACCUACAGGUCCAGGAACAGCGCAUGCAUUACCAGAAGAUUAAGGUGCUAAUUAAUGACGAGAAAGUCUGCCGAGUCUGUAAGAAAAGAAUAGGAGACAGUGCAUUCGCAAGAUAUCCAAAUGGAGUGAUUGUUCACUACUAUUGUUGCAAAGAUACAAAAGUCUGCCCAGUGGAUAUAUAGAUAUCAAAUCCUAGACAAUACAUAAAGGAUGAUUGGCCAUACAAACCACUCAAGUCAGAAACCAGUCUGGGGUUUUUAUCACCUGCUAUGCUAGACUAAUAUGUUAGUCAUUGUUAGGGAGGGGUGGGCUCCAAUCUUUAAUUGAAAAUUCUUUAUUUCACAUCUGGGACUCUGUUCAUACUUUGGACUUGGAAGUUAAAAUAAAAAUUUCUAUUUUAGGUGCUGUGAACUUUUUUGAAGUCUGUAUAGAAAAAGAUCAAAUCAGAUUUCAGAGAUACAUAUUAAGAUUUCCAAGUUUGAAAUUUAGGUCUGAACAUCAGUUAUUUAACUUAUUAAAUGUGGGUCUUGUUGGAUCAUGUUACUACUAUCAAAAGGUGGUUUAUUACAUCAAUAAAUGGCAAACUUUGUGGAGUUACUCUCUGUAUGGUUGAACAUCUCGGUAACUGAUCCAUUAUGAACUGUGACAUAAUCUCGAUUGGUGAGACGGAUGAUUCAUCUUCUAAACUUGGUGCCGAGUGUGUAAGACUACACUUUAUGUCAGCAGAGAUGAACUAACUUAAAUCUGUAUUUCUUUGUAAAAUCAAUUUGCAUUAGAAUAAGCCAUAUCAAAGCUGUAAUCUUCUGUAAUUGUAUAUUUUUGUUAGGCCUAAAAAAAAAUUGUGUGUUUUCGGGAACUCAACCCUACUUAGAAAAAAGUGCUGAUUUUAAGGUUUGUUUUUGAUUUAAAAAAUUAAUAUGUAGGUAAUAAGAGUACAUACAUAAGAUUUUAUCUGGACCUUUAGGGGUGAACGUAGUUUUAAAGCAAAAAAAAAAAGAGAAAAAAAGCCAACCUACAGUAUCUAAUUUUUGGAGGGGGCACAUUUCCGGGACACACAUUUGAUUUUUUUAAAGCUUUAUUUAACCAUUUAAAAUAGAUCACCAACAUGAUAUUCUUCCUAUGACAUUAAAUCAUUUGAUAUCUUUAAUAUGCAGCUGCAUAAAAAUGUAUUGAUUUGACAUUAAUGCUCAGAAUGUGGCACUCCUCCAUGUUUUGAGUAACAGUCUAUUUUUAUGGUAUGACAUUGUCCGUAUGUAAACUUUUCAUUUCCAGAACAUAUCUUUAUAAUCAAUUCAUAUAGGAUCAUCAAACCUUGCUUGCAAAUACAACUUGCAAUUGGUGGUGUGUCACAUACCAUGACUAGGUCACCAUGACCUACUUUUAUGUAUUACUGCACAUUAAAGGAAAUUCUUGUCCAGGUUGUCUUUGACAUAAUCUUUGGCGUUGUUGUAUGUACGUUUGUUCAUAAGUCCAUACAUCUGUCCAUAAACUUUAGUUUGCGGAGCAUAUAUUUUUUAUAAAAUCAUAUAGGAUCAUCAAACCUUGCAUGCAAGUACAACUUGGGAUGUCAGUGUAUUGCAUACCAUAACUAGGUCACCACAAUCUACUUUUGACAAGCGUAUCACGUACCUAACCCGGUACUCCUGUUAAAAAUGAUAACCGACUCAUUUGUUGUAUCAAGGCAAUAGGUUACAUAAUAUGAUUGCAAAAAAACUAAGUUUAAUACAACUUUAGUUGUAUUUUUAUUUUGCAUUAGAAGACAAUGUUGCUGGCCUGAUGAGUGGUCGAUCUAGGAUCAAUCCCUGUUCAAUUUCCCGUUCCAGCCAGUGCUUCACAGCUGGUGUAACAAAGUAUGUACUAUCCUGUAUAUGGGGUGAUGCAUAUAAAAGAUUUUUGCUGCUAAUCGAAAAGAGUUUCCCAUGGGGUGGUGGCAGCGGGUUUCCUAUAAUUAUCUAAUUGGUUCUUAACCAUAUGUGCGAGGCCAUAUAACUAUAGUUAACAUGACAUGUGUUGAGUGCAUUGUUAAAUAAAACAUGUUUUUAAAUAAAA